CAUAGCCCGUGACACUCCGCGGAUCAUCCAAGGCCAAUCCAAGGAUCCUCACCGGUGCUUCCAAGCUCAUGCCAGCAACCCACCCACCCGGAUGAAGGAUGACGCCCGCCGCUACCAACCCUUCCGAUACCACUUCACCCUGACACGCCUCAUGUCCACCGCCAAUCCUGCACUGGCCGAAAAGAUGGAGGCCCUCUACAUCGCGCAGUUCAAGAGCCGGGGGCCGGACGGCUACAAUGUGCUGCAUGGGCCGCCUUCCGCCAGCCUGGCCUUCUACGUGAUGAGCCGACAACGGGCCGGCAGCACCCACAUGCCGCCCGCCGUGACAGUCCAAGACGACGACGCCCGAGCCACGCUUGCCAAGCCGACACAGCAACUGGGGAUUUGA